AUGAACGGCUUUCGGCCAGCGGUUUGGGAUCCUCUUUUAAUUAUUGGCCAAAUUGGGUGCAACCAGUCCUUGUUUUAUGCGUCGCAGUGCUUGUCCAUGUACAUCUGGUCAGUAUUUACGCCAUACAAACCUACAGUUGACCAUAUCUUCACACCAAUUGUGAGUUUUUGUUGUUCUUGAUUGGUUUUUAGGAAAAUUGAUAUUGCACUGCCUGCCUGAAGCGGUUGAGCUUGCAGUUUGGUUAAUUUAUAAAGCCAAUUUGGAUAUAAUUGGUUAGAUUAAAGUUAAAGUGCCCUUGAUGUUGUUGAUGAAGAAUCCUGGGCUAUUUUUGUAUAUCUUUUUUAAUGACUUCUGUGCUUGAGCCAUGUUGAAUAUAAAAUUUUAAUAUUUCAUACAGUUAUUUGAUUAUAACAUGUAUUGCUGCCGUUUUCAGACAGCCCGGCCGGUCAGUAUCAUUCAAAUAAUUUCCGCUGCAAUCCUUGGAUACGCCUUUUCCCGGACAGUUCAACGAGCCAAAAAUUGCCUUGACUUUGCCUGCACGGCUCACUUUUGGCAUUUCGUCCUCGUAAUUCUCUACAAUGCGACAAUACCAACUCAACUCAUGUGGUGGCUUCUGCAGCUGGUCAGUGUGACGAUAUGCACCGUGGUGGGAGAGUAUUUCUGUUUCCGAAACGAACAGAUGGAGAUCCCAUUGACGACAAGUGGAGCUCAAAGUAGUUCCAGCUAA